GGCAUGGUUGUACUGUGCUGACUUCUAUUUAAUUAUUGAACAUCUGCAGAAAACUAGAUCACGCCACGUAUAACCACAUGCUGUUGAAACCCGACGUCUAGAAUGAGCGGUAAAGUCUAUACGAGGAUUGUACGCCUAUCGCACAGCAUUAUACGGGUCUUGGCUUUCUCUAUGGAGGAAGUCUCAAUUUAACCGACGCUGGUAGCGAUGCAUGAGGGUGAUCCAGAGCUGUGUACGAAUCCUCCUAGGUGAUGCAAUGUCACGGUGCUACCUGGGUUGCUCAAACUCAGGUCGCAUCUCUCUUGGGAAUCGAAAGUAUUAAACCCCCGAGAAGUUCCUCUUGCCCUCAAUUGUGCCUGUCAACUGUAGCCUGGGUUGUCCGCGGGAUAUACCUACAUCGUCAUAUUCGUAUGCUUUCAGUUGCCGCUUGGAGACUUCUUCAUCAUGCAGAUCCGUCGCUAUCUUCAAGUGCUGGGAUUGGCUAUUCCCCUAUUCGCUGCCUCCGCGUUCGGAAGAUUCUCAGUCACGUCUUUGAACACAUGGUCACCCUCGGGUCGGCCUGGCAGUAGCCCUGAUUAUUACAUCCACGCGAACAUCACGGACCCAGACCCAACCAAAGACGUGUCAGAUGCCGACGGCGCACAAGUAUACUGCGCAUUAGCUUGGCAAUGGCCAGAUAUACCAUAUAAUCAGAUAUUGGACUGCGAGAUAUCCGAUGCGAGGGGUUCGGUGAGCUGGGCUUGGUCGAUUGAACUCCUAAAGGCAACCGACGCCGAAAAUCCUUCUCCCACGACGAAUUUCUAUUUGCAUUGGAGAGCUAUAAACACAUCACAGCCCCAGGAUGAAGACGUGAUAGUCUACAGCGGCAUUGGCCAUUUCGAAGUGGGGGAGAAUAUGCAGGGUACAUGUGCUGCGAGUGGUUUUUGUUCAUGGGCUCUGAAGCAAGCAGAGAUUCCUGUCUUGAUUGACAUCACGACUGAGAAGUGUUCGGGCACAUUUGAUGAGGCCUUACACGGCUUGAAUUGUAGUGAAUAGGCAGCGUGAGAACAUCUACCGGAGGGCUUGAGCUGCUGGCGGGAGAUGGUUAAGUAAUCAUGUCGGUUCUUCGAGGAUUCUUAUGUGUUUAUCUAGUACGAAGCAAAAGAGCGAGGGAGAAAAAUACUGAUGAGUUGAUUUCUUUUCAAAUGACUUUUGAUCCCACACUGAUUCGUCUUAUCGCCUGCGCUCAUCUG